UCUGUUUUUUGUUUGGUCACAAGGGGCUGAGCUGUAAUUGCACUAGGCUUUUAGGUUAGUUUUGUAUUUGAUUCAAGUUUGGGUAUAAGUUUGGAAUUAAAAUCAAGUUGUGGGUUAGUUUUGGCAAAAACCCCUUUAAAAUUUUGGUAUAAACAUUCAAAAAGUCUGCAUAAACAAUAGUCUUCUACAAGAAGUUUAUUCACUGCCUAACAAUUUUUUUAACAUUGAUAUUUAUAAGAGUUUAUCUAGUAAAGAAUGCGUAUAAACAUCAAUUUUCAGGAGUUUCAAAAAAGAAAAAAAAACAUCAAUUUUCAGAAACUUAUUUGUAAAUAAGGCCGGUAGAAAAGAAAAAGUCAAAAGAAACAAUGAUGAUGAGAUGUGUUUGUACACCAUCGGCACCACCUAAUACUAUUUUUAACAGCAAAAGCAAAAGAGAAGCAAAAAGGUUACAAUCUCUCCCUACAACUUUUGUGUCAUACCUAAAAAAUAAAACAAUCCAGUUUCUUAAUUACAUUAAGACCAAGCUUCUCACAGUCUUCUUGACUCUUGAGAGACCAGAGAGAAAGCUGUGCUCUCACACAUGGCGAUCACUGUCAUGAUUCUUCUUCUCAUCCCUUUCUCCGUAACCACAGCAACAACGGAGACCUCUAUCUUCAUCAUCCACAUGGACUUAUCCGCCAAACCGGCACCUUUUACCGAUCACCAGAGCUGGUUUUCCACGACUCUUACUUCGGUUACCACCGGAAGAAAACCAAAGAUUCUCUACGCUUAUACGGAUUCGGUUCACGGGUUUAGCGCGGUUCUCACCAACUCCGAGCUCAAACGUCUUCAACACAAACCCGGGUAUGUCUCUUUCACCAAAGAUUUACCGGUUAAGCUCCAAACCACUUUCUCUCCACAAUUCAUCGGUCUUGCUUCAAAUUCCGGUACAUGGCCGGUCUCGAGUUAUGGAGCCGGUACGGUUAUUGGUAUAGUCGAUACCGGAAUCUGGCCGGACCACCCCAGCUUUCAUGACGAUGGGCUUGGUUCGGUCCCCUCUACAUGGAAAGGCAAAUGUGAAUUCAAUUACUCUUCCUUGUGCAACAAGAAACUAAUCGGUGCCAGGGUUUUCAACAAGGGCUUGUUCGCCAACAACCCUAACUUGAGAGGUACCAAGAAGGAUCAAUACUCUUCACCUUACGAUACAAUCGGACACGGCACUCAUGUCGCGGCCAUUGCGGCUGGGAAUCACGUCAAAAACGCGUCUUACUUCUCUUACGCGCAAGGAACCGCUUCAGGAAUCGCGCCGCACGCACAUAUAGCGAUGUAUAAAGCUGCUUGGGAGGAAGGCGUCUACUCGUCAGACGUGAUCGCAGCGAUUGAUCAAGCGGUUCGAGAUGGAGUCGAUGUGAUAUCUUUAUCACUGGGACUAAGCAUUGAUGAGGACGACGAUGUGGGUCUAGAAAACGAUCCAAUCGCAGUCGCAGCGUUUGCAGCGGUUCAAAAAGGCGUUUUCGUUGCUGCGUCUGGUGGUAACGACGGGCCGUAUUACUGGAGUUUGAUUAACGGAGCACCGUGGGUUAUGACGGUUGGAGCGGGGACAAUCGGUCGCGAGUUUCGAGGGAUCUUAACGUUGGGAAACGGAGUUAGUUUCAGUUUUCCGUCUCUGUUUCCCGGAGAGUUCCCGUCGGUUCACUUUCCGGUAACGUACGUCGAGUCUUGCGAUGCAAGAAACAAGACUCUGGUGAGCAGGAUCAUUGUCUGUAACGGAAACAUUCAACAAGCCAGAUCCACUGGAGCUACUGCAGUGGUAAUAAUAACAGACAGGUUACUUGCGGAGCAAGACACAGUCAAGUUCCAGUUUCCGGUAGCAUUCAUCAGCUCGAAACACCGAGAAGCUAUCAAAAGCUACGCAUCAGGAUACAACAACAACUCCACCGCGAAGCUGGAGUUUCGCAAAACGGUGAUCGGGACAAAACCAGCACCUGAGGUAGACAGUUACAGCUCGAGAGGUCCGUUCGCAAGCUUCCCUCAGAUCCUCAAACCGGACAUUUUAGCUCCUGGGACACUCGUACUCUCAGCUUGGCCACCGGCUAAACCAGUGGCGGGUACUAGAGCGCGACCGUUGUUCAGCGGAUUCAAUCUCUUAACCGGGACAUCAAUGGCUUCACCUCAUGUAGCUGGAGUCGCUGCGCUUAUAAAGCAAGUCCAUCAAGACUGGAGUCCCUCGGCUAUAAAAUCAGCAAUUAUGACAACGGCUUUGACUUUAAGCAACCCUUUAGCCGUUGGAGCAGGACACGUGCGUGCGGACAGAGUCCUGAGCCCUGGCUUAAUCUAUGACACAUCCCCACAAGAUUUUAUUAACUUCCUUUGUCACGAGGUUAAACAGUCCGGGAAAUUGAUUAAUAUCAUCACGAGAUCAAAUGUAUCCGACGCGUGCAGACACCCAUCUCCAUAUCUCAAUUACCCUUCGAUCAUUGCAUACUUCACUUCAGAUCAAAACGGUCCUAAGAUCGUUAGAAGAACGUUGACAAAUGUGGGGGAAGCAAAGAGAAGCUAUAGCGUGAGAGUGAGAGGGUUGAAAGGUAUAAACGUUGUCAUAGAGCCAAAGAGAGUAAUGUUCAGCAAGAAAAACGAGAAGCAAAGCUACACUGUGAGGUUGGAGAGUCAGAGAGCGUUGCGAGGGGACGUGGUUUAUGGAGUUGUGAGUUGGGUUGAUGACGAAGACGCUAAGUUUGAAGUAAGCUGUCCUGUGGUGGCCACGAGCCUUGUCCAAGAGUCUUAAUAUACUUAUUUUACAAGUAAAUUUUGAAGACUAGGGAUAAUGAAAACAAAUCUGGUAUUUCCAUAUACUGAAUAUAAUCAAAACCAUAGCUCAAGAAUACAAGAACUGGUAUCUAUAUUGACAAACAGUUUACCAAUAAAUUAAUCUUUGAAUAGCUGGAUGAACAUUAAAAAAAAAAAGAAGCUCUAGCCUUUCACUGCAACUCUGUUUUUUAAUCACAACCGUUACCAUACACGGGUGGGUGACCCAGUUACUGGUGACAGACCAAUCAAGGAUUAAAUCAGUCGCCAGACUCGCAAUCCUCUCCUCCGGCGAAUCGAAAGGUUGAUACUGCGUUCCUGAAUCGGAAGAAGCAGAAACCCUAUCGUAGAAUUCGAAUGGGCAUCUCGGACACGUCCUCUGUUUUCACCUGAACAUCGAUUUCUUUACUUACUAUCACCAAUGUCGUCGUGAUCAAGAUCGACGGCUACGACGAAUGGAUGGUUUAGAAGCAUCUGAGCGGUCCAUCUCUUUUUUAUUUUUUUUAUUCAACAUCAACUUUUGAUUGACCAAUUCAAUGUCUUACAAUUGGUUUAUUGGUCUUAUAGCAUCUCUGAAAAAUGUGUUCUUUUCUAAAAGUAAAAUUUCAGACUUAAUUUUAAAAUUAUUUUAUUUUAUAAAAUUGACUUUAUAUUUGUCAUAACUAAUUUAAAUUCAUAUUUUUUUAUAAAUAACUAGCACAUAUAUAAACAUAUUACAAUAAUAUUAAUAAAUAAAAUAUUCUAUAAAAAUUUAAAUAAAAACAACUUAAUUAAUAUUAAACUUCAAACAAAAUAUCAUAUUAUCUUAUAUGAUUUUCCUAAUGCAUAUAUGAUCUAUUAGUGCAUUUCAAAAUAAAAAUGACUCUCCUCAUUUUUACUUUGUAGAUUGCGAGCUAAAAGUUGUUGAAAUCAGGUGAUAUUGAUACUUGUAAAUACAUAAGAUCGGAACAAGAAAGUAAAAGAGAAACAUAAAAUAUUACUAAAAGACUAAUUUCUUUUUGAUGAUAUUAAUACUCGUGAAUAUAUUCGAUAUUUAUCUAUCUAUAUAAAAAUAUGUUCACCUCACUCUUGCUUUGCCACGUAAUAAAGUUGGUUCCUGACAGGCCGACACGUGUCCAGGUUGGAUUAUACUCACCGUUUCACUUAAUCACAAUUAUUAAUGAGCUUUUCUCUUUUUGUUAAUAAAUAUUUCAGAUCAGUGUUUUGGGCUUUAACAUAAUUGGGUUUUUGGGCUGUAGGGUAACACAUGAGGGAGUCCCACAUGAGACAGCUUAUUCUUCAAAAAUAAUAUCGAUGAAUGAAAGACAGAUCUGCUGCGUUUUAACAACUCCGGUUCAAACCUACAGGCAAUGAAGAUUUGCUGCACCGGUCACGCUGAAUUCCGAUCAAGGAUCCUCUCGUUUGCGGGAAUAACACUUUCGAAUCAUAAAAUACAUUUAUGGAGGAUCUCUUCAAACUGAGGUUUGGAGCGCAACCAAUGGUACAACACAUCCAGUCAGUUGGGGAAGAAGAACCUCUCCAUCAAAUCAGCCAUUACAUGCAUUGGUAUUGCAGAUGCCCACUUCAUAACAACACUGAACUGGUCUAAAUUAUGGUUUGCUGGGUUUAUCUGAAGCUUUUUGCAAGGCCAGCUGAAGUUUGGGAACUGUGUAACGUCGCAUAAGUUGUUCCCAGCCUUGUAGCAAAGAAAACCGUCUUCUAUGGAGAUAUAAUAGCAUACGCAAAUGGAUCAUUAUUAUUCACUAGGAUGCCAAGCAUAGAACAUUACUCAAUUUCUUGGGACCCACGAAGGGAACUCGUUGCGAAAAGCAGGAUUAAGAAUGCUUCGAUAUGUUUGGACCAUUCAGCCUAACACGUAAACAAAUGUAGUUUUGUUCAUAUAAUCAUAUUGCACUACUAUAGGCAUUCCCCGUUUCUAUUACUAUUUUUAUUUUUUAGAAUUGACAAUUGUGAUGAUUAUCUGUAAAACUUUGCUUCCUUUAAGAUAUUUAUCUAAUUUCAAGUUUUUUUCUUCUUCUAA